UCAAGCCCUGCCCGCAUUUUACAACGGAGAAAUUUGAGGAAAGAUUGUAUUCUUACACAUAUAAUAUCUGUAUAAUCGCCAUAGGAUUUAUUUAAUUGAGUUAUUGAGGAAAGGGAACGGAAAAUUCUCUCGGGAUAGACGCCUUUUAACCAGCCUAGCCAAUGAGAUAAAUGUCAGUCGGUCAAGGUCCAAUCUCCAGAUGUGCUUUCAACAUGUACAGGUUUAUUUAAUCUCAUUUUGAAUCUGAGCGGAAUCACUUUGUAAUUGCGUUAAAGUGUAUGCUUUUUAUAGCCAUCAUGGGAAAUCUUCGUUUUUGUAUUUGAAUGGACUUUAACCAUGGGGGUUGAAACCAGGAGAGCAGAUGGAGUGACUGACGGAUGAAUUAAAGACCGAAACACUGAAGAUCCAUGAGGAAACACACGGAUAAACACGGAAGGAUACCUACAAACAAAUCUCGCACGUGAAGGAAGAAUUGUACUGAAGCUCUUUGAACAUUUAGCAUUUAAAAAAAUGCUGAUAAUCGUUCGUAUUUCUCCUCCGUUAAUCAUUUAGUGGACGCAGUUGCGAUUCAUUUAUUUCAGGUUUCAUCGGCAAAAGAUAAGUUUAUUUGCUACCAUGUCGGCGGUGAUGAUAACACGGAAGGUUACUCGAAAAUGGGAGAAACUGCCUGGGAAAAACACAUUCUGCUGCGAUGGACGGGUUAUGAUGGCACGGCAGAAAGGAGUGUUUUACCUGACGAUAUUUCUCAUCAUUGGAACCUGCUCUCUGUUCUUCGCCUUUGAGUGCCCAUAUCUUGCAGUGCACCUCUCUCCUGCCAUCCCUGUUUUUGCAGUGUUGCUCUUCCUCUUUGUAAUGGCCAUGCUGCUCAGAACCAGCUUCAGUGAUCCAGGGGUGCUGCCACGGGCACUGCUGGAGGAGGCCAAUUUCAUUGAGAUGGAGAUUGAGGCAGCCAAUGGGAAUGUACUGGCCGGACAGCGGCCUCCCCCCCGGAUCAAGAAUGUGCAAAUCAACAAUCAGAUCGUCAAGCUGAAGUACUGCUACACCUGCAAGAUCUUCAGGCCCCCUCGUGCUUCCCACUGCAGCAUCUGCGACAACUGUGUGGACCGUUUUGACCAUCAUUGUCCCUGGGUUGGAAACUGUGUAGGAAAAAGGAAUUACAGAUACUUCUACCUUUUUACUCUCUCCCUGUCUCUGCUCACCAUCUAUAUCUUUGCCUUUGACAUCGUCCAUGUGGUUUUACGUUCUGUGGACUCAGGAUUUGUGAACACUCUUAAAGAUACUCCUGGAACUGUUUUGGAGGUUCUAGUCUGUUUCUUUACCCUCUGGUCUGUGGUGGGAUUGACUGGCUUCCACACCUACUUGAUCUCCCUCAACCAGACCACCAAUGAGGACAUUAAAGGCUCGUGGUCAGGAAAGAACCGUGUCCAGAACCCAUACACUCACAAGAACAUCAUCAAGAACUGCUGUGAGGUUCUAUGUGGCCCUACAUACCCCAGUGUUUUGGACAGAAGAGGGGUGAUGUUGGAAGAUGCUUGUAGCUCCAUCCCAUCUGAUGCAUCUGUUCCUUCUACCACUAAAAGCAGCAACCCUGCAUCACAAACCACAAAACACACAGCUCCUUUGAUCCCUAAUGAACACACUCCUGAUGAAGCCAAACCUGGCAUUGCUGCAGGCACCCAGAAGUCCAGCAGCUCCCCUAAAGAAGAGAAACCUCCUUCAAGAGACACUCUAUCAACAUCCCCCAAUGCCGUCGCCCCUGUGGUCAUCAAAGAGUCUGCCCACUAGCUUUGGUAGCAUUCUCUAGACUUCUCUCAAACCUCUUAAUGUGCUUACAUUGAGGAACACGCACAGAAAAACUGUUCAGGUACUGCAGGGCUGUUUGACUCUGAUGUUCAGAACAGGGGCUUGCGUUCUCUGCUAUUCUCGCAGAAAAUGGGCCCCUCUGCCUGGAUCCUGCACCAACACUCCAGAAAACAUCUGAAGGUCUUGAUUACUCUCCUCUUUAAAUCAAAGCAUGAUGAACGACGCAUUUUCCGCACAACGAGGGAAAUGCGUAGAGCCAUGGGCAAUCGGAUAUUGACAAGAAUGGGCUAAUAAGACGCCUAAUAUGGAAACUCUUUGUAUUAAAAACUUGUAAAAUGUUGGUGUUUUUUUCUUCCCCAUUGUGAUAACCUGUUUCUGAAUAUCCUGAUUCUAUUAUUGUGUACCCUAUAAAACAAAUUUCUGGCUUCUGUAGUCAUUGGUGCUAAAGGACCUUUGGAUUAGCUUUUCUUUUGUUUUCAGAAUGUGAAGGUGCAGCAACACUAGGCUUUGAUUUCUUUUUUUAUUAAAUAAUAAUAAAUUCAAAAUAUUAAAAAAUUCUAUCUAUUCCACAAUCAUGCAUGUGCCAUUUAGAUCCUCUAUUGGUCACCUGUCUAUUGCUCAUGGGCCACCCCGCUCGCAAUUGCCGUUUUGGUAAUUUUUUUUGUUUUGGGCACAACUGAGCUUUUAGUGGUGGAACAGUCUUUGUACAAAUGCAACACACAGGAGAUUUAGCAUGCUCGCACACCAAGGUUGCCGCACCUUUCUGGCCCAGGUUUCACUGUAUCCACUUCCCUUUUUUGUAUCCAUGCGCCUCCGCUCUCAGAAAAUGUCUGUGCCACCACAGAAUGAUCACUGGCCCCUGCGUGGCCACCCCUGUGAAAAACUCCUGGCUCCACCCAUGCUGUCUCUAUACAAAUUUGCAAGUCAGAGAUUUGUACACCGUAAUGAACGAAACUUCUUCACAUGCUUUCAUUUACCCACACUCAAACGUCUUUUCGCUAUACACAUUUUAAAACUUGAUCUAUUGUACACAACAGAAGAUACAAAUUCAAAAGUCAAGCGUUUAGCCAUCCCUUCGUAGUGUGUAGCGACGUAGUUCGUUGUAGUGACAAACUGCCAUUGAUGAACGAAAUCCCAUUACCUGAUUAGGCCCAACAAAACGUCUUUACUGAUGUCCCAAUCAGUUCCAUUGAGUCAGUCAUUUGCAAAUGUGAUUCAACAGGAAGUUAAAGGGAUAGUUCUCCCAAGUAUGAAAAUUCUGUAAUCAUUUACUCACCCUGCUGUUGUUACAAACCUGUAUAACCUUUUUUUUUCAUGAAGAUGUUAGGUGGGGGACUGAGGAUUUCAGUCACUAACAUCUCCCUUUGUCUUGUUUUAAAGAAAGACAUACAUGUUUGAAACAACAUACAGUAAAUGUGAGUAAAUAAUAACAGAAUUUUCAUUUUUUAAUGUCUGACAGACAACCUGUUUAUAAAGUCAGUGUGAAUGUUAGAAAACAGGUCAGUUCUGUUUUUGUUUGAGGCUGCUCUUACACAUGUCUAUAGGCCAUGUGAGUGUGUUUUAAUUCAUUUGUUUGUGUGUGGGGGGGAGACUACAGGCCAAUCUGCUAUUGACAGACGUUAGUAAGAGUGCCUUACCUAUGCUCUAAUAUUGCAUAUAACAAUGGCCAUCUACAGAGGACCCCUAAAAUUCAAUGUCCUCAUACUAUCCAUAAUUUCCUAUACAUGUUAAUAAUUAUACAUUACUAAUGAUGAAUCAGAAAGCAAAAAAUAAUUCAAGCCAUUGAGUAAAUGUGUAUAUAAUGUAAAAAUAACUGAAAAACUGCAAAUUCUCUGUAAGAAGUGGAAUAACUUGCCUGAUUUAUUAUUAUUUUAAUCUUGAAGUUAUAACAUUCCCUCAAUACUUUUUACUUUAAAGAGGUCACUCCACCAAUGCCUCCUAUAUUCCAGCAUUAUACUAAUGCUGGAGUCUCUUGUCUGUUGUCACAAUCCAGGGAAGUUCUCUUUCCUUCCUUAUAAAUAUUUCUACUUGAGGUCAAAUGUCAGCAGCUGAAGGUGUUCCUGUUUGUGGGCGGAAUAAACUUUAGUUAAAGUUUGUUUAACAUCAUCUGGAAAGCUUAAGGGAUAGUAUACUCAACAAUGAAAAUGUAUAAUUUACUCGAUGUUGUUGCAAACCCAUCUGACAUUCUUUAUUCCCUAGAACACAGAAGAUGUUAGGCAGUAUGUUAGCCUCAGUCACCAUGCACCUUCAUGGUAAAUGACGACAGAAUUAGCAUUUUUGGUUGAACUAUCACUUUAACCUUUCUGUUGUUAAGUACCUAUUAGCCGUCAAUGGCAUUUUAGCAUGUUUUUGAAUUCAAUUUUAAAAUAUUUUAAAAUCAUAAUUGUAUAUUUUUCUCACACAUUCUUUUCACCAUGUUUAAGGUAAGGCAACUUAACCAAGUGUAUGUAAAAAAAAAAAAAAAAUUGUUGUGUAUUGUAAACAACUAAUGGUCACCUUUACUAAUUCCACUUUGGUAUAUUGAUGGUCACUUGUAAGGGAACACUGUUUAUGGACAGACUUAGACAUCUGGGACCUAUGGACUCGGUGUGUGUGUGUGUGUGUGUGUAUGUAUGUAUGUGUGUAUGUAUAUAUAUAUAUAUAUAUAUAUAUAAUUACAUGAAUCUCUCAAAUUAUAACCAGCUAUAUAUUUAUGUUGUGCAUAUCAGAGAAGAAAUCGGCAGUAUUGUUUUGUGUAAAAAAAAAAAAAUGGUGUGGAAGUGAAAUGUAAGAAAAUGAUUUCUCAAUGAUACUCAAAAAGACAAUUCUUUCAUCAUUUACUUACCAUCAUGCUGUGUCAAACUCAUAUAACUUUCUUUCAUCUGCCGAACACAAAUGAAGAUAUUUUCAUGGAGAUAUGAUGUGUUCAUAUCCAUACAAUGCAAGUCAGUGGGGUCCGAUUUAUAGUAAAAAAGGAGCUUGGUCGUUUCUCACUCAAAACCGAUCAUAUUGCUUCAGAAGGCAUGCAUUAAACCACUGGAGUAAACUUUAUGCUGCCUUUAUGUCCUUUUUGGAGCUUGUAAGUGUUGGAACCCAUUGAUUUGCAUUGGACAGAUAUAUUCACAUCAUGUAUCUUUGUGUUCUUCAGAAGAAAGAACAUUUUGAGGCAGCAUGAGAAUGAGUAAAUAAUGAGAGAAUUCAAAUAUUUGGGUAAAAAAUGCCUUUAAUUUGGAUUCAACUUUAUUUUGUUGCCAGUCCAGUGCCAUCCUUCAGCAGGUUGAAAUGUAUAAGCUGGAAUGCUUGUGAGAUACGUUGAUUUACUGUAGUUUGAUUGAUUGAUUGAACCUCUUUUAAUGUUGAAGAAAGUCAAGAAAGUGGGUACGAUUCAAUUAUUGCAGAACUUUAGUGCUAUUCUAACAACUAACUGUCCUUCCUCAGAAUGUGCUUCUAUAAAAUCCUUCUUCAUUUUAAGUAAAUGGGAUUUCAAUGUGAACUGUUGUGAUAAUGAUCGAUUGUGUAUGGAAGAUGUGAAUAUUUAUUUGAUAGGCUGAAGGUAUUAUUAAAUAUAUAUAUAUAUAUAUAUA